ACUUGGCACCCAAAUCCAUCAAUCCACUCACCAGUGGAGCAGGACUGCAGGAGGGGAGAAAGAAAGGAGGGUUAGAGAGAGAGAGGGAGGGACUUCAGGACUUGUAGCUGUGUUUAUUCAUGGAGGGUGUGGGAGUUCACAGCGCCAGGGUAAUAUUCUCACUCCCUUCCUCUCUCUCUAGGCCAGGAGCCGCAUGCCCUCUCCCUGUCAAAUCCAUGGCCACCCAAAAACCUGGAGCCAGGGCUGGUGCUAUCAGGAAGCAGGGAACAACAGUUUUUCCUCUCGGUGAACCAGGUCCGCGAGAGAUAAACAACAACAGUAAGCCGCCUAUAAAACUUUUAACGAAUGUCGAGAAGCUUCGGCUCCUAAGCAAGGCAGAGAAGGCGGGACUGCUUUCCGCAGCCGAGAAGUUUGGAUUCUCGCUCUCCACGGUGGAGAGGUUGGGGCUUCUCUCGAAAGCAGAAGAUCUCGGACUUCUAUCAGCAGCCACAGACCCUGGGACCCCAGGAACACUCUCCACUCUGAGCCUUUUCUUGCUAAUCUUAGGCCCAGCUUGUGUAUAUAUUGUGCCUGAGCAAUACCCCUGGGAGAUUGCCCUUCAGAUUCUUGUGGCUUUAAUCAGUGUGGUCGGCGGAUCAGCGGCGUUUGCCGCAUCGAAUUUUGUCUCCAAAUUGCAGAGAUCGAGUUAAUAUCGAGCUACUUGUUGUUGUCACUAUAAUUGCAGCUUAACAGGGAAGUUCUAUCCUUUGCAGUGGUAUUGUAUUCCUCUUCAUUAUAUAGAAGAAGAUAACGUUAUUUCUGCUGAAAAAAUGCUUUGACUAUUC